AUGCUUCGUUACCUGGCGUUGGUCGGGGUGGCUUUGGCAGGUUUGCCUGUUUAUGUACUGAAUGCGGAGUCGGUAGCUCCUGCAAACCUGGUGCUGGAGAGUAGCAACGCACCGCAAAUCCUGGCAUCGCACUUCAUUGGCGCUGGCGUCGAGGAGGCGUCUCUGGAAGCGUUGGCGAUGGCCCAGUUUAUUCCGUCAGUCUUGCUCGACGACCGUAACGCAGCGGUUGUGGUUGUUACUGAUUUCAAGGCUGAUGUUGCCGAAAAGGUUUUUGGAUCUCCUUUGUUGUCAAUUGAGUCGUCAGGUCCUGAAUUGAGCAGCGUACCUCGCCAGCUUGCUGCCAGCGAAAUAUCUGCUAUCGACAACGACGAGUGGCCUGUUGUUGUUUGUAACGGCGCGUCCGACACUCUCAGAGCGAUUGCCGAUCUCAAGUCAAAGGUUCUAGUCAUUGGCGUUCCCGCAGGCGAGCCCCUCCCUGAUCUCCACUACACUCGCAUCAGUCGCCGCAAGGCGGCGCGGUCUGCAUCUCCGUCGAUUAUUCCGACCUUUUUCGGUUCACAAGAGCAGUGUGAAGAGCUCACAAACAGCUGUUCGGGCCGCGGCGAGUGCGUAAAGACUCCAAACGGGUUCAAGUGCGCGUGCAAGGCAACAAAAAAGGAUGAUUACACCUACUACUGGGGCGGAAACGACUGCUCGAAGCGUGACGUUAGCUGGCAGUUCAAUCUACUUGUAUGGACUACUCUGGGCAUUGUAUUUGCCGCAGUGUUUGGCGUCAGCGCCAUGGUCAGCGUUGGCAACAGCCCUCUUCCCGGUAUCUUGAAUGCCAUGUAA